AUGAAAAUCUCGGACGAAACCGGAACACCGAAAACCUUGAGAUUGGUCUCCAAGAGCGAGGAAGCGGCGGAAAAGGCACUGCAAGAAAAGAAAGUGGAUGCAGAAUUGGGGAAAAAGCUUGGGAUGAAAAGAAAGGAAGAAAACUGGGCAGGUAUAGUUGUGUAUGCGGUCGACACUCAGUGGGAAGGCAAAUUCGAAGAACUUAAGAGCCACAGUGAAAAAGAGAAUAACAUCACGCUUACCAAAACCCCCCAUUGGUUGUCUAAGGGGCGAGCGAAGCAAUACGAGGAAUCAAACUGGCAGACAGAUAUACCUACAACACCAAAGAUAUCAAAGAGCACCACACAAGAGAAUAUAUCACCAGAGGAGCGGCGAAGGAACUACAAUACUCAACAUGCUGCAAGUUUGGGCAUUGUUGUACAAUGUGCUGAGUGA